GAAAGAGGGGUAUUAUAGUCCAUACACAUCCAUCAAAACCCUAGUAUGCUUCUCCACCCAGUCGUAUUAAUUCUCUUUAUGUCUCCUUUCCUCACUGCCGCACCACAUCACAACUCAAUCUCUCUUCCGUUUCCAAUCCCAAAUGGCUUCCGAGAAGAAACUCUCGAACCCCAUGAGGGAAAUCAAGGUUCAGAAACUCGUUCUCAAUAUCUCCGUUGGUGAAAGUGGCGAUCGUCUCACCAGAGCCGCAAAGGUGUUGGAACAAUUAAGUGGUCAAACUCCAGUGUUUUCUAAAGCAAGAUACACUGUCCGUUCUUUUGGUAUCAGAAGAAAUGAGAAGAUUGCAUGCUAUGUCACUGUUAGAGGUGACAAGGCAAUGCAGCUUUUGGAAAGUGGUUUGAAGGUGAAGGAAUAUGAAUUGCUGAGAAGAAACUUUAGUGAUACUGGGUGCUUUGGAUUUGGUAUUCAGGAGCAUAUUGAUUUGGGAAUCAAGUAUGAUCCUUCAACCGGUAUUUAUGGGAUGGACUUCUUUGUUGUUCUCGAGCGCCCUGGUUACAGAGUGGGACGUCGUCGUAGGUGCAAGGCUCGUGUUGGGAUCCAACAUCGUGUUACAAAGGAGGAUGCAAUGAAAUGGUUCCAGGUGAAAUAUGAGGGUGUGAUCCUCAAUAAGUCACAGGCAAUUGUUUAGGUUACUUAGGCUAGUUGAAAGAGCAUUUGCAAGUUUUGUUAAUUAUAAUUUGAAGUUUCUUGAACCAAUCUUGAAUUUCUUGAAUAUUUGUCUUGUUAUAUGGACCGUCUGAAAACUUUUAUUUCUAAUCCUUUAUUUUGUUGCCUUAUUUAUGAAUUGAAUAUUCCCUGUUUUGCAUUCA